GUUGUGCAACAGUUAUGCCAGUUUUGCAGCACCAAACGUGCAGUUUUGUUGCACUGAAACGUUACGUCCAAACUUACUUUCACAUUUUAAUAACACAUUUUCUUGCUUGUGUUAAAUAUGCACACCAACAUGUUUUUCAAACCCUUGUAGUUCAUUUUUUCAUUUUUUUCAUAACAAACAUGGACAGUCCUACCAAUCAUCUUUUUCUUUUCUUUUUUUUAGUUUAACUUCAUGGUUAAUUUUCAACUUUUUUGUUGUGAUGGUUCACAUUUUGGUAGUAACUGUCUCAUUUUGGUUGUUUUUCUCUCUUUGAUCCUUUUUGUAUGACCUUUUUGCAUCUUUUCCUACGGUUGUUUUUUGAUACUGUUUUGUGUUACAUUUAGAUUUUUUUUAUUUUACAGUUUUAGCUCAUUUUGCAUCUCUUUUUACCCCAUUCUCUCUCUGGGGUCGUUUUGUGUCUCCUUGUGAUAGCUGUUCAUGUCUUUGUGCUAUGCUGUGAUUAUUUGUCAUCUCUUUUUACCACCAUUAUGUCUAUUUGAGGUCGAUUACCGUCACGUUUUUGUUUGUUUGUUUGUUUGUUUUUUUUGUCAUUUUACGGAUGUAUGUUUUCUGGGAUAUUUAAGACCUGGUUUUAGAGCUUGGACCUUUUCCUAGACCCCGUUCAUUAUGUCCAUUAUUAGAAAGCAUGUACACCAGCAUGAUUAAAACCGCUUUUAGUGCUUUUAUUAUAUCUCUGAAAUGGCUUCAUUCCCUAAUUUAAUUUUCAUGAAGCCAAAUUUACAAAAACCAUGUAAUUUAUUUGUAAAAGCUCCAUAAAUUUAGACUAGUUUGUUUUUAUGUGGCGACAAUCAAGAAAACAAGAAACUAACAAAGUCUGGAUGGAGUUUUGCUGUGACCGGCGUAGGCUUUUAUUGCGAAAAAACCUCGGACCGGAAUUGGCUUCGUUAUCUUUUCUCGCGUAACGGUACCCGUCUGCUGUCAACGCGGAUUUUGGACAAAACCUGCGCAGCAUUCUCAGACCUUGAAGAAAAUGUUAGCGACGACAUCAGUUCCCAUCCACUCCCGAAAUAAAAACGAGUAUUUGUAGACUUUCUGCCGACUUCUGAUAAUCUGUUCCUGGCAGUAAGCAGUGAAGUGUAAACAUCACUCAAACCUCAGAAAUGUUCCUGGAGCAAAACACACACAGGCUUUUUGUGUAAGUCAGAUGGGUCUGUGGUUGCAUCAAGUUUGAACGGAGGGAUGCCAGUGGAGAGCGGGAGUAGCGCUGCUGCCCGCCAGGCCAAGCAGAAGAGGAAGUCCCACAGCCUGUCCAUCCGCAGGACCAACAGCACUGAGCAGGACCGCUCCGGCCUGCAGAGAGACAUGCUGGAGGGACAGGACUCCAAGCUGCCUCUGUCUCUGAGGAGCAAUCUGCUGGACCUGUUCAGUCAGAUCGAGAGGGAGUUUGAAAACCUCUACAUAGAAAACCUCGAAUUACGCAGAGAGAUUGAAACACUGAAUGAUCGCUUGGCUGCAGAGGGACAAACAUUUGAAGGGGCGGAUUUAGCAAAAGGAGCACUUAAAACAAAAGCGAGCCACAGCACCAGCCAGCUCUCUCAAAAGCUGAAGACGACCUACAAGGCCUCAACGAGCAAGAUUGUGUCCAGUUUCAAAGCGACCACGUCCAGAGCGGUGUGCCAGCUGGUCAAAGAGUAUGUGGGUCACAGGGACGGCAUCUGGGACCUCAGCGUCACCAGGACCCAACCUGUGGUGCUCGGGACAGCGUCUGCAGACCACUCUGCUAUGCUGUGGAGCAUUGAGACGGGAAAGUGCCUCCUCAAAUAUAUGGGUCAUCAAGGAUCAGUGAACUCCAUCAAGUUCCACCCCACUGAACAGAUGGCUCUAACAGCAUCUGGAGAUCAGACAGCCCACAUCUGGAGAUACAUGGUGCAGCUGCCGACUCCACAGCCUGUUGCUGAUAUCAGCCAGCAGACACCCUGUGAAGACGACGUGGACUUCUCAGACAAAGAUGAGGCCGACGGCGAGGCGGAGGGGCCGAACGACUGCCCUUCCAUCCGUGUGGCGACUACAACUCUCCGCAGCCAUCAGGGUGUGGUGAUCGCUGCUGAUUGGCUGGUUGGGGGCAAACAGGUUGUGACGGCUUCCUGGGACCGAGCCGCCAAUCUGUACGAUGUGGAGACGUCAGAGCUGGUCCACUCACUCACUGGGCACGACCAGGAGCUGACCCACUGCUGCACACACCCCACCCAGCGUCUGGUAGUCACCUCGUCCAGGGACACCACCUUCAGGCUGUGGGACUUCAGAGACCCGUCCAUCCACUCUGUCAACGUGUUCCAGGGGCACACUGACACGGUGACGUCAGCAGUGUUCACAGUGGGAGAUAACGUGGUGUCUGGGAGCGACGAUCGAACCGUCAAAGUGUGGGACCUGAAGAACAUGAGGUCGCCCAUAGCAACCAUCCGCACAGACUCUGCAGUCAACAGGAUCAGCGUGUCGGUGAACCAGAAAAUCAUCGCUCUUCCUCACGACAAUCGGCAGGUCCGGCUGUUUGACAUGUCCGGGGUGCGACUGGCUCGACUCCCACGAAGCAACAGACAGGGUCACCGGCGCAUGGUGUGCUGCUCCACUUGGUGCGAAGACAACACCACCUGCAACCUGUUCACCUGUGGCUUUGAUCGGCAAGCCAUCGGCUGGAACAUAAACAUCCCCGCUCUGCUGCAGGAGAAAUGACCUCCUCCUACUGUCACCUUACAGGGAAAUGCCACCAAAAGUCUGUUUGGAGUAUCAAACACUGAAACCUUUGAGUGGGGUUAAAAGGCGGCUGGAGAAAACUUUUGUCUCGUACCUUUGUGUCGAUGAAAAGUUGUCUCAUGUUGUAAUGUACAGGAUGAAAUUCCUGUCGUUUCCAGCAGCCGUCUUUUGAGCCCACGGGGGGGGGUCGGUAUUUGUACUCGAUGUCCUUUGAGCUCUGUUCUCCUCUUUUGUUUGGGGUAGAGCAGAAAAAGGCCUUGCACUUGCUGUCUACUCCAUCUGUCACGCUCACUAAAUCACCGCUGCCAAAAUAUACAAAACACAUUUGUGGUCUUUGCGUGGAAGUGAUUUAACAUCUGGAAAAGAGAAAAAAAAAUCCUGUGCAUCUCUAAUGAAAAAAGCACACGAGCUUCUUCUUUGCCGCGAACAAAAAUGCAUUUUGUUAAUGCUAAAUCAGAUCUGUGACGUGCUGACGUUUCUGCUUGAUGCUGAUUUAAAAUGCAAUACUGGAAAUCUAAUCUGUGCCACUAACAGCAGAUUCAUGCUGGACAAAGACAGCGGUCUGCUGCUUUAAAGGAUCCACUCAUUAUAUAUCAUUAGUUUUUCCUGUUUAAUACACUGCAAGAGUUACAUCAAUGAAAACUUAUUUGUGAAACUUGUUGUUUACUUUCUGCAUCAUGUACAUUUCCUAGGUUAUGAUGCAACGUGGCAGUGGAAGCCCUCACUGCUGGAAAGCUUGAGUCUCAUGUUCUGCACUGGGAUCUAACAAAGCGUUCAUUUUCAGCAUUCACUAUUAUAUUUGACUUAUUUUUUUUCUUCGUUUUUCUUGGAAACUGAAAUAAGUUUCCAAACAUUUUGUUUGGCUCCUGGCUCUGUCUGUAACUCGCAUAAUAAAUGAAAACCAAUAGUUAUGAGAGUGUAACUGAGGACCAGUAAGCUACAAUACAGGCUGUAAAAUGACUCCUGCGAGUUCUCGAUGUGAGCCUGCCGACGUUCAUCCAGUGGCCGCUUGUUGGUGAGCUAUCAUGAAACUUUAGCAAGUAGCUAACAAUUUUACAAGAGUAACUGGUACUGCAGCAAAACAUUACACUACUCCACAUAACCAACUGUCUGUUUGAACUAUAGACUGUAUAUAAAAGAUGCAUGUAGCCACUGUGAUGUCACUCAUUGGUUUUAGAUGAGUGUAUUAGCGACGGUUGCUCGGAGCCACUGUGUUGGUAUCCAAAAAGCACCAACAUGGUAUCGAUGUCCAUACAGUGACCUGUGUUGCAAUACCUGUCAGAUAAAGUCGCCACACCUCCAAUUUUGAAGCUAACAGUAAGCAAAUGGAUGGAUAUAGGAAAAAAAAAAAUCUGUGUAGAGUUGUUAUGGGGGAGGAAACUAUCUACUAGGCUAUAAGCGUUUUUCACUAUAAACAGGCUCUUUAAUGCGGUAAAGUUGGGCAUUUUAACACGGCGCUCUUUGUGAAUUCACUCACUUCUGGAGCCAGCCUCAAGUGGACAGUAGUGGAACUGCAGUUUUGAGCACAUCUUCAGUUUUUAGCUCUAAAAGUUGCUACUUAUUGUUUAUGGAUAUUAAUGUUAGCUACUUGCUACUAGCUAACGUUGCAUGCUAAAUAAUGUAGACUCUUCAGUUAAACCAUGUUGGGUUUAUUAUUAAUCCUCAGUACAUAACCCCCGACUGCUCGUUGCUGUCAACCACUGCAAAACCUAGCAUUGAGUCUAGCAGUGAGUCAUGUGCAGGUGUGUUACCAGACUACGCUGAUCUAUGACGCAGUAAAGCAUCCACUGGCCUUGUUCGUGUUUCAGAGCCACUUUUGAUGUGUUGGUCCUAUCGAUGUUUAGGACAUUUGUACUACUGUUGUUUUGUUGGUUUGUUUCACAUCACUGUUUGGUUUUUGCCAAGGCUAACAUGGGUCAGCAUGCAAUGACUCUUUGGCAUCUUGCAUUAUUCAUCUUUUUUCUCUGUUUCCUUGUUUUCCACCUGGCUUCCAGUAGUUUGCUGGUUCUUCUUCUUGUCUUUUUAUAGUUUAACCCAUUCAAGAAUUCUCUAAAUUUAAGUAGCUGUAGUAGCUGGUAUUUGAUCCUGAAACAAGUCCCACAUUGACAAACCGGCAAACCGUCACCCUAACACUCCCCGAUUGGUCCUGUGGUGGAAAGUUUUUUUUGGCGUGAUGAUGUCACAGCUAUGUCAAAGCAAGCAUAAACAAGUGAUGCACUUUUAAAAAAAGUAUGUUACAGUUUUUCUUUUUGCUGCUGUUGUUGGAAAUAAAUGUUUUUCUGGUAACUUUUGGCUGUUGGUCAGCUGACAUGGUGGCACAUAACCUGAAGGACUUUAAUGGUCAGGAUGGUGGUUUUGAAAAGGGGUAAUAUCUCGUGCUGGCAGCACAGGGGUUUGUCUCAAUCCAGUUUGUGCAGCUCUGUUUGUGCUGCAAUGUUCAGGACGAACCUUUCCUCGCUAGAAUUUUAAUUAGAGUCUCACUUUUGUUUGGAGCCAGUCGGUGUUAAACAG